AUGAGGCGCCUUAUUGUCCCACUUCUAGUGGUCUUGUAUGCUUUCGAUGCUGUGGCUGCGAUUUUCACCGUUCAUGAAAGUGAACAGCCCGCGGUGUGCUCGAUUUACGGAAAUUGUGGUAAAAAGAGCUUAUUUGGGAGCCCACUUCCGUGUCCUGUGUCUGAGGAUUUCAAGCCCGAAAAGCUCCCAAAGAGAGACCAGGAUUUCUUGGUUGCGGUAUGUGGCGAUGAAUGGCAAGGGAACAGCAAUACGUGUUGCACUAGAGAACAAAUUUCAAAUCUUCAAAGUAAUUUGAAAAAGGCCGAAGGACUGAUUAUGUCUUGUCCCGCAUGUCACGAAAACUUCAAGCGUUUAUUCUGCCAUUUCACAUGUUCUCCUGAACAGCGCACGUUUACUGAGGUUACAAGUACGCAAAAAUCCACUGAUGGAAGGGACAUUGUUGCUGUUAUGGAUGUUUUCAUCGAGCCUCACUGGGCCUCGGAAUUCUUUGAGUCCUGCAGGAACGUUAAGUUCGCAGCUACUAAUGGUUAUGCGAUGGAUCUCAUCGGUGGUGGUGCAGUGAAUUACGAGCAGUUUCUAAAGUUCCUAGGAGAUGAGAAGCCCAUGCUAGGAGGUUCACCAUUCCAAAUAAAUUACAAGUAUGAAAAUGAUGACCCCACUUUCAAACUCUUCAACAAGACUGUCUACGCCUGUGAUGACGAAAACUUCAAAUGUGCCUGCACUGAUUGUGGUGCCUCGUGUCCCCAAUUGAAACCCCUGAAGUCAAGCUCUGGUAGAAUAGUAGGAUUGCCUUACUUCUCUUUCGCAAUUUUGGUCACAUACUCUUCUUUGUUUGUUCUCAUUGUUGCUUGGCAUGUUUACUAUUUUAGAACCAAGAAAGAUCCCAUCAUUUUUGAGCACGAUGUGGAGCAGAAUGCAGACACUGGCAGCAAUGACAGGAUAUUUCAAGAGCACACUUACAAAAUAUAUGCAAUGGACAAAAAGGUCGCUGAUAUUCUAGGUGUCGUAUCGGGUCUCUCCUGUAAAAAGCCGGUUCUUACCCUUGUACUUACAUCUAUUGUAGUGACACUGUUGACAGCAUGCGCUUGGAGGUAUGGAGAGCUUGAGACGAAUCCAGUUAAUUUAUGGGUUAGCAAGAGCUCGAUUAAGUACCGAGAGAAGCAGUAUUACGACGAGCAUUUCGGGCCCUUCUUUAGAACAGAGCAGAUAUUUGUGGUUAACGAGACAGGGCCAGUUCUAACCUACGAUAAUUUAAGAUGGUGGUUUUCUGUUGAACAAAAUAUAACGGAACAUAUUCAAUCGGAUGAAAACUUAGGCUAUCAGGAUCUAUGCUUCAGACCCACGGAAGACUCUACAUGUGUCACAGAGUCAUUUACUCAAUAUUUUGGAGGCCAGCUUCCCGCUGAGCGUGAUUGGAAAGAUAAGAUCAAAAUGUGCACAGAUUCUCCGGUCAAUUGUCUGCCUUCAUUCCAGCAACCGCUGAAACCUAAUCUUCUAUUUAGUAGCGAAGAAGUGUUGGCAUCCGAAGCAUUCGUAGUCACUUUAUUGAUCAGUGAUCACUCCAAAGCAGCUUCGCUUUGGGAACAGGAACUUGAGAGCUACCUGUUGACUCUCGACCUUCCCGAAGGAUUGAGGCUAAGCUUCAACACAGAAAUGUCCCUGGAAAAGGAACUCAACAAAAACAAUGAUGUCCUUAUCAUUUGUCUAUCGUAUUUGCUCAUGUUCGCCUACGCCUCGUGGGCCUUGGGGACUAAAGGUGGCCAAAGUCGUUUUCUGUUGGGGUGUUCGGGAAUUUUGAUUGUAUUGGGAUCGGUCACAUCUGCUGCUGGCGUUUUGAGCAUAAUGGGCCUAAAGUCAACCCUUAUCAUCGCAGAAGUGAUACCUUUUCUCAUUCUAGCAAUUGGAGUUGACAACAUAUACUUAAUCACUCAUGAGUUUGACAGAGUAGCUAGCGGUUCAGAAACAGUCGAAGUACAGCAAAGAAUGGAAAAGGCAAUGCGGAAAAUUUCACCAUCAAUCCUCAUGUCUCUGCUUUGUCAACUCUGCUGUUUUCUAACAGCUACAUUCGUGCAAAUGCCAGCUGUUCGCAAUUUUGCCAUUUAUUCAGCAGUGUCACUUGUCUUCAACGUGUUCCUCCAGCUCACUGCUUAUGUUUCGAUUUUGGCUUUGUACGAAGAGAAAUACCCUAGAAAGGUGACUCAAGAGGAAAUCGAUACAGGUCUGAACUCCAAGCUGAAAAAGCUUUAUCGAAAUCUAUUGAUCAAACGGCGGAAGAUAAUAGGAUUUUUUGUUUCCUGUACUCUUUUAUCGUUAAUAUUUCUUCCAUUCAUUGAACUAGGGCUAGAUCAAACGCUUGCUGUACCCCAAGAUUCUUAUUUGGUCAAUUAUUUUAAUGACGUCUACGAAUAUCUGAACGUUGGACCACCUGUUUACUUUGUUGUCAAAGAUUUGGAUCUGACCCGCAAGAAGAAUCAGAAGAAAAUCUGCGGAAAGUUUACUACAUGCAACGAGUUUUCUCUCGCUAAUGUUCUCGAGCAAGAACGUCAAAGAUCUACAAUUAUUGAGCCAGUUGCCAAUUGGUAUGACGAUUUCAUGAUGUUUCUGAAUCCUCAACUUGAUACCUGCUGUAGGUUCAAAAAAGGCACAGAGGAAAUUUGCCCUCCAUUUUAUCCCAGCAGAAGAUGUCAAACUUGCUAUGGUGAAAAUGAAUGGUCUUAUGAUAUGGACGGUUUUCCUGAAGGUCCAAGUUUUAUGAGCUUUUUCGACAUCUGGAUUAACUCGCCCAGUGACGCAUGUCCCCUAGCAGGAAAGGCGCCAUAUUCUUCGGCAGUCGCGUACAAUGAAAGUGGCAUCACAGCAUCCACCUUCAGAAGCGCGCACAGACCACUGAGAUCGCAGCACGAUUUUAUCGAAGCCUACAAAGACGCUGAUAGGAUAAGUGAGUCCUUUGAUGAUUUGGACGUUUUCGCCUACUCGCCCUUCUAUAUCUUUUUCGAGCAGUACGGAACAUUGAUUUCCUUGUCGCUGAAACUUCUUCUCUUUUCAGGAUUAAGUGUUUUUCUGAUUUCAUGCUUAUUUUUGGGGUCUUUGACAACUGCCGCCCUUCUUGUACUUACGGUUGCAAUGAUUUUGAUUGAUGUUGGAGCACUGAUGUUUCUCUCAGGGAUAACACUGAACGCUGUCAGCUUAGUGAAUCUCGUUAUAUGCGUGGGCAUUGCGGUUGAGUUCUGUGUACACAUCGCGCGCGGCUUCACCAUUGUUCCCUCUCAAGUCAAAACAGACCGCGAUGCGCGAGCGACACACGCUAUAAACACGGUUGGUGGAUCUGUCUUCAGUGGCAUCACUAUGACCAAAUUGAUAGGGGUGUCAAUUCUAGUACUUACGCGCUCCAAAAUAUUUCACGUGUUUUACUUUCGCAUGUGGCUAAUCCUCAUUGUAGUUUCAUGCCUUCACGCUUUAUUAUUUUUGCCUACCAUUCUCUCCCUAGUAGGCGGUAACAGCUUUGCGGACUCGGAACUUGAAACAGCUGAUUGA